UAUCUGCGUAUCUGAUAAAACUAUUAAAUAGUAUGUCUUGCAUCGAUAAUCGCUGCAUUUUACACGUAUCAAGUUCAUAAAACAUAACAUCAUCUUCCGCAGCUGAGCUCUUCGCUUCGGUAAUGUUUUUAGUUCUGUCACAUGAACAGACAGAAAAGAGAUCAAACAGAAAUGUAAAUACUCAGAAACCCACGAUUUGAAGAGUUAUGGAGUGUGUAUAUUUAAAAUUGUGCCUGUUGUAUCUGACAGCACUGGUGGCUGUCACAUCAGGAGGGAAGAUGAAGAUAGUGGAGGAACCUAAUACAUUUGGGCUGAAUAAUCAGCUUGUGUCUCAGAUUAGUCGACUGCAGGCGAAGAUCAGCCCAUCUCCAGUGUCUGGACCUCCACAUCUGCACAGACUGGCAGGGAAAUGCUACAACUACAUUGAAGCCACAUACAAAUACGUGUUUUGUCCAUUUCAUAAUGUGACUCAGCAUGAACAGAGUUUCAGAUGGAACGCAUACAGCGGUAUACUGGGUAUUUGGCAGGAAUGGGAGAUUCAGAAUAACACAUUUACUGGCAUGUGGAUGCGAGAAGGAGAUUCAUGCGGAAACAAGAACAGACAGACCAAGGUUCUCCUGGUCUGUGGGAAUAGCAGCAAACUGGCGAGUGUUUCAGAGCCACAGACGUGUGUUUAUUCUCUGACGUUUGAGACGCCACUAGUUUGCCAUUCACACUCCCUCUUAGUGUAUCCGGUUUUGAGUGAGGCGUUACAGAAGGAGUGGGAUGAAAUUGCUCAAGCUCGAUAUGAAGAUCUCAUCACAGAACAGGGUUAUAAUAAGCUGCUGAAGGAGCUGUUUGAAGAGGCUGGUCUCCUGAGAAAAGCUCAACAGCCGAAACCAGAGAAGAGCACGACGUCUCUCACACAUCUGAGUCUGGAGCAGUGCACACAAGAUUUUGAAAAGCAGAGAGCUGAGAUAGAGCGGCUACAAUCACUCUUAACACAACAUAACAUCUCCUACCAGACGACAACAGGCAGGACACGGGAUCAGGGUCCCUCACCCGUCCAGGACCAGCACCUCCGCGGCGACACUGGCUUUAUCGCUGAUCUGCACUAAGAUGCCCAGCAGGAUCACAGAACAUACGGCUAAUCAUUCAGGAAAAUAAUGCUACUGUGAGAUAAUGGUAUUUAGUGAUUUUUAAAUUUUACCUGAUAAUGUAUUAUGAAAAAUA